AUGGCAAUGUCAAUAUCAUUGAUCUUUUUAUUAAUUAGCUGCUGCUAUGCAGCUGAGAAAUUAUCUCAAUACAACGUUGAUCCUAGUGAGACGUCAGUCUCGGGUAUAUCUUCUGGUGCAUACUUUGCUACUCAAUUACAAGUCGCAUUUUCAGCGUCCAUAAAAGGUGCUGGAAUAAUAGCAGGCGGUCCAUAUGACUGUGGAGCUCAAAUGAGUUACACAAGUUGUAUGUACACGAGUACUCCACCUAUAGCUACGUCUAUUUCAAACACAAAGGCAUGGAGUGGUAAUAAAAUCGAUAACAUUGAUAAUCUUACAAAGCACAGAGUUUAUAUGAUUUCUGGCACUUCAGACUCAACUGUUGGUGCGUCUGUAAUGAAUCAGUUAUAUAAAUAUUAUGUGACCGAUGGUCAAUUCAUUCCAAGUGCAAAUGUUGUAUUUAAAAAGGACUUGAAAUCGGCACAUACUUUUCCAACUGAUUUUGACAGUGCUGGUAAUAAUGGUUGUGGAUCCACGAGCAGUCCUUAUAUAAGUAACUGCAAUUUUGAUGGAGCAGGAGCUAUACUCAAACAUAUUUACGGUUCUUUGAAACCAAGAAAUGAUGGAGUGCUCAGUGGAAAAUUUAUUGAAUUUAAUCAAGCAGAGUUUCUAACUAAUUCAAAAAGUUAUGGCAUGGACGAUACGGCGUGGAUUUAUGUGCCUAAGAACUGUGCUGAUGGACAAAACUGUAAAUUACAUAUAGCCUAUCACGGUUGCGUACAAGGCUACGAAAAAGUUGGUGAUAAGUUCGUCAAAAAUACAGGUUACAAUCGUUGGGCCGAUACCAAUAAUAUCAUAGUUUUGUACCCACAAGCAGUAGCUACAACUUUGAAAAGUAUAGAAAGUAAAGCAACACUUCCCAACUCAAAUGGAUGUUGGGACUGGAUUGGAUGGUAUGGUAGUGAUUUUAACGUCAAAAGUGGUAAACAAUCGACCGCUAUGAAAAAAAUGAUUGAUCGUAUAACGGGUGGUUUCAAUCCAAUCGAUGCGCCCACAAGUCUUGAGGUCACCAGUACUACAGACAAUUCAGUCUCUCUUGCGUGGAGACAAGUUUCAAGUGUGAGUGGUUAUAAUGUUUAUAGAAAUGGUGGUAAAGCCAACAGCGGACUAAUCAGUGGCACCACGUUUACAGACAAUACUUUGAAUUCUGGUACAACUUAUACAUAUACUGUAAAAGCUGUCUCAUUGACAGGUGCUGAAAGUACAUCUUCAAAUUUGGUAAAUGUCAAAACAACAGGUGAACCACCAGCUAUAGAAACACCAAAAGGCUUAACAGUUACUAGUGUUACUUCUAAUUCUAUUACUUUACAGUGGGAACCAGCUUCAGGUGCACACAAAUACAAUGUUUAUCGUAAUGGAAAUAAAGUGGAAGUUAUUAGCAUUACAUCGUACACAGAUACUGGCUUGAAUUCUGCAACUGAUUACUUAUAUCAAGUCUCAACAGUAAACGGCGUACAAGAAAGCUCAAAGUCUGACGAGAUCAAAGCCACAACACAUACUGAGAAGAUUUGUUUCAAUGACAAUAAUUAUAAUCAUGUAGCUGCUGGAAGAGCUUAUCAUAGUUUAGGCUAUACGUUGGCUAUUGGUUCAAACCAAAAUAUGGGUCUAUAUAAUAUUCUUCAGAAAACAAAUCUCUGUAAGACAAAAGAAAACUAUUACGUUAUCGAAUAA